AUGGCUUCGUAUUCUGUUAAUUCUACUAAAUCUUUCAUGCAGGCGAUGCAGCCUAUGAUAGAAAUGUUAAAUUCUUUGCCGCUUCCAUCUAAUGAAAAGAUACCUAGGAUAGAUAAUGAGAACAAUAAAAUCACACCGGUCGAUAAUAUCUUAGAUAGAUUCCAUGGUAUUUCUACGGAUGUAUUAGAGCAUAUAGUGGAUGCUAGCCAAGGUGGUAAUAAUAAUGCUGUCAAAGGAAUUGAGGAAGAUUGCGCAAGGAUAAGUAAGGAUCGAGGUGAACACCCUAACGAAGUGUUUGAUAUGGUGAAAAAUCUUUUGGCUUCGAAUCCUGGAGAUGAGGAGUUACAAUCGUCUUUGUUUGAUAUUCUAGGGUUUGAAGAGUUUGAAUUGAUAUCCAAAAUUGUGCAGAACAAGUCUCAAUUAGUAGCAUCUGACGGAACUAGCGAUGGGAAUGAACAAAGAUUUUUGACACCGGAAGAGAGAGCGCAACAGCUAAUUGAAAACCAUGAACGUGCUAAGAAUCAGAAACUAGGCCCUAAGCAACUUCGUCAAGAAUAUCCGCAUGUUUUUAAGAAGCCCGAUGUAGGUAAUAUGUUGUCAAUAACGGGUAAAAAGUUUGCAUUGCCUGUUGGUACAACCAGAGACAGUUAUGCCACCCAUGAAGAAAUUGUCAUUCCGUAUCCAGAAAAUGAAUCAAACAAGUGGAUAUCCGAUGAUAAGCUUGUCCAAAUUGACCAAUUGGACUUCCUUUGUAAAGGCACUUUCAAUAAUUAUUCUAACCUUAACAAGAUGCAAAGUUUGGUGUUUCCAGUAGCAUAUAAUACUAAUGAAAACAUGCUUGUCUGUGCUCCAACAGGUGCUGGUAAGACUGACGUAGCCUUGUUGACCAUUUUGCAUGCCGUUAAUAAAUUCGUUACUGAAACAGUAGGCGAAGAUGGUGAUAUUACCGUAGAUAUUGAUUACGAUGAAUUUAAAAUCAUUUAUGUUGCCCCAUUGAAGGCAUUAGCUGCCGAAAUUGUUGAUAAAUUUAGCAAAAAGCUUCAAUGGCUUGGAAUUAGUGUCCGAGAAUUAACAGGUGAUAUGCAAUUGUCAAGACUGGAAAUUAUGACUACACAAGUUAUUGUUACUACUCCCGAAAAGUGGGACGUUGUUACCAGAAAACUGAAUGGUGACAAUGAAUUAGUUGCGAAGGUUAAGUUACUUAUCAUCGAUGAAGUACAUUUAUUACAUGAAGAUAGAGGAUCUGUCAUUGAAACAUUAGUAGCACGUACGUUAAGGCAAGUUGAAAGUACGCAACUGAUGAUCAGAGUAGUUGGUCUUUCGGCUACUUUGCCGAAUUACAAAGAUGUUGCUGAUUUUUUAGGUGUUAAUAGAUCUAUUGGUAUGUUUUACUUUGAUCAAUCAUUUAGACCAUGUCCCUUACAGCAACAAUUAUUGGGUGUUCGUGGUAAGUCUGGCUCCAAAAUAGCUAGAGAGAAUAUCGAUAAAAUAUCAUAUGAAAAGUUAAUUCAAUAUAUUGACCAAGGGCUUCAGGUUAUGGUGUUUGUCCAUUCUCGUAAGGAUACUGUUAAAACUUCACGUACAUUUAUUUCAAUGGCACAAUCUUUUAAUGAACUUGGACUGUUUGAUGCAUCACAAACUUGUGAAUCUUAUGAUAGGUUCAGUAGAGAAAUGUCCAACAAGAAUAGAAAUAGAGAUAUGAAGGAAUUAUUUCAAUAUGGGUUUGGGGUUCAUCAUGCUGGUAUGUUGAGAUCUGACCGUAACCUUACUGAAAAAAUGUUCACUAGUGGUGCUAUCAAGGUGCUUUGUUGUACUUCUACUUUGGCUUGGGGUGUAAAUUUACCUGCAGCUGUAGUCAUUGUUAAGGGUACACAAGUUUACGAUUCAAAGCAAGGUGGUUUUAUUGACUUAGGAAUUUCUGAUGUAAUCCAAAUUUUUGGUCGUGCUGGUAGACCUCAAUUUGAAAAGUUCGGUACUGGUAUUUUAUGUACUACAAGUGAUAGAUUAGACCACUAUGUUUCAUUGAUUACUCAACAGCAUCCUAUAGAAUCUAGAUUAAGUGACAAAUUGAUCGAUAACUUAAAUGCCGAAAUUUCAUUGGGAAGUGUUACCAAUGUUGAAGAGGGCGUUCAAUGGUUGGGUUAUACAUAUAUGAUGGUUCGUAUGCGCCAAAAUCCAUUUGCUUAUGGUAUCGAAUGGAAGGAAUUACAAGAAGAUCCGUUAUUACACAAUAGGCGGCGUUCAAUGAUAACAUCUGCAGCUAGAAGACUUCACGAAUUGCAAAUGAUUAUAUUUGACGAAAAUUCAGGUGCAUUGAAUUCCAAGGACUUAGGAAGAAUUGCAUCUGACUUUUACUUAUUGAACAAUUCAGUUGAAAUUUUUAACCAAAUGAUUAAUCCUAAGGCAACAGAAGCUGAUAUUCUUUCAAUGAUAAGUAUGAGUAGCGAGUUUGACAGUAUAAAAUUAAGAGAAGAGGAAGUUGAAGAAUUAAAAAAAUUGUCAGAAACUGACGUUCCUUGUCAAAUUGGUGGAGAUAUUGAGUCAGCUCACGGAAAGACAAAUAUAUUGAUUCAAUCAUACGUUUCUCAAGCUACUAUAAAAGACUCUGCUUUAAUAUCCGACUGUAAUUAUGUGGCUCAGAAUUCUGCAAGAAUUUGUAGGGCCUUGUUUUUGAUUGGCAUGAAUAGGAGAUGGGGAAGUUUUGCAAAAAUUAUGUUAUCCAUUUGUAAGUCUAUUGAUAAGAGAAUAUGGGCGUUUGAUCACCCAUUAACUCAAUUCGAUCUUCCAGAACAUGUUUUGAAAAAUAUUCGAUCUAAGAAUCCUUCUAUGGAUGUAUUGAAAGAUAUGGAAGCUGGAGAAUUAGGUGAUUUGGUCCAUAAUAAUAAAGUAGGUGGUAUUCUUUAUAAGUUGAUAUCUAGAUUUCCUUGCUUGGAAAUUGAAUCAGAAAUCUUUCCAAUUACAGCUAAUGUCAUGCGUAUUCAUAUAAACUUAGAGCCUGACUUUGUGUGGGACGAAAGAUAUCAUGGUAAUGCUCAAAUGUUUUGGAUUACUGUUGAAGAAUCCGAUAAUUCAGAUAUCUUACACGUUGAAAAGUUUAUUUUGAAUAAAAGACAAAUGAAGAGUCCCCAUGAAAUGGAUUUCAUGAUACCGUUGACAGAUCCGUUACCUCCUCAAAUAGUGGUUAGAAUUAUUUCUGACUCUUGGAUAGGUUCCGAGACUGUCCAUACUAUUUCAUUUCAACAUCUUAUAAGACCUUCUAAUGAAAGCAUAAGAACUGAUUUGUUAAGGUUGCAGCCUUUGCCGAUUACUGCGUUGCACAAUCCUGAAAUUGAAGCUGUAUACUCGAGCAAGUUCCGUUACUUUAAUCCAAUGCAAACUAUGACAUUUCAUUCUUUAUAUAAUACUAAUGAUAGUAUCUUUGUUGGUUCUCCUACUGGUUCUGGUAAAACCGUUGUUGCUGAACUUGCAAUUUGGCAUGCCUUUAGAGAUUUUCCCGGCACAAAAGUUGUUUAUAUUGCACCAAUGAAAGCUUUGGUUAGAGAAAGAGUUGAUGAUUGGAGAGCCAGAAUUUCACGUAAUACCAAGCACAAAUUAGUUGAAUUAACUGGUGACUCCUUACCUGAAGCAAAGGAUGUGAGGGCGGCUGAUAUUAUUAUUACCACACCAGAAAAAUUCGAUGGUAUUUCUCGUAAUUGGCAAACUAGAAAAUUUGUGCAACAAGUUUCCUUGGUUAUUAUGGAUGAAAUUCAUUUAUUAGCAAGUGAUCGUGGUCCUAUUUUAGAAAUGAUUGUUAGUCGUAUGAACUAUAUUUCCUCUCAAACCAAGAAGCCAAUUAGGCUUUUGGGUAUGUCAACGGCUGUCUCUAAUGCAAUGGACAUGGCGGAUUGGUUAUCUGUGAAAGAUGGAUUGUUUAACUUUCCGCAGUCUGUUCGUCCAGUCCCAUUACAGAUGUAUAUUGAUGGUUUUCCAGAUAAUUUAGCAUUUUGUCCAUUAAUGAAAACUAUGAAUAAACCAGCUUUCAUGGCUAUUAAGCAGCACUCGCCUAAUAAGCCUGUACUUAUUUUUGUUGCCUCUCGUCGUCAAACUCGUUUGACUGCUUUGGAUCUUAUUCAUUUAUGUGGUAUGGAAUCUAAUCCUCGAAGAUUCCUUAAUAUUAAUGACAUCGAAUUACUGGAAAUUUUGGAAGACGUUAAAGAUGAUACAUUGAGGCUUUCAUUACAAUUUGGUAUGGGUUUGCAUCAUGCUGGUUUAGUUGAAUCGGACCGUCAAAUUUCUCAUAAACUAUUUGAAGCCGGUAAAAUCCAAAUCUUGAUAGCCACGUCUACCUUGGCCUGGGGUGUUAAUUUACCUGCUCAUUUAGUGAUUAUUAAAGGUACGCAAUUCUUUGAUGCGAAGAUUGAAGCAUACAGAGAUAUGGACUUAACUGAUAUCCUACAAAUGAUGGGUCGUGCAGGUCGUCCAUCAUUCGAUACAAGUGGUACUGCUAUAGUAUAUACUAAAGAGUCUAAGAAGGUUUUUUACAAGCACUUUUUGAAUCUUGGCUUCCCUGUGGAAUCAUCCUUGCAUAAAGUUUUGGAUAACCAUAUUGGUGCAGAAAUCUCUGCUGGAACUAUUACUACUAGACAAGAAGCUAUGGACUUCUUAACAUGGACUUUUUUAUACAGGAGAGCACAUAAUAAUCCAACUUAUUACGGAAUUGAAGACGUUAGUAUGUAUGGAAUCUCCAAGUAUUUGGCUGGGUUAAUUGAUCAAACGAUAGAAAACCUAAUGGAAUCGAAGUGUGUAAUAAUCACGGGUAAGGAUAAACUUGUUGCAACUCCAUUCUUGCAUAUUUCAUCUUAUUAUUAUCUUUCGCAUAAAACUAUAAGGAACUUAGUUAAUAAAAUUUUCAAAGAGGCAACAUUCAGAGAUUGUUUGAGAUGGUUGUGUGAAGCUACUGAGUAUGAUGAAUUAGCUACACGUCAUGGUGAAGAGUUGAUAAACAUGGAAAUGUCUCAAGCUAUGAGAUAUCCGGCUGAGGAUUUAGAAUGUGAAUUUAUUUGGGAUCCACAUGUGAAAUCGUAUUUAUUGAUUCAAGCCUUUAUUAGUCGGGUUGAACUUCCAAUUGCAGAUUAUGCCCAAGAUACGGUUUCUAUAUUGGAUCAGGCAUUACGUAUUUUGCAGGCCUAUAUUGAUGCAGCUUCUGAAUUGGGAUAUUUGAAAACAGUUUUAACAUUCAUUGAGUUAAUGCAAUGUAUUAAGCAAAGGUAUUGGUAUGAUAACGACCCAGUCUCCGCGUUGCCAGGUUUAAAUUUAUUCAAGCUUCCAGAUAGUAAUCACUCUGAAGGUUCAAAGAAGAGUAAGCAUGUGAUGCAAUUAUCUGAUAUUGGAAAGAUGAACAGUGGAAAAUUGUCACAUUUUGCUUCAAGCCUUGGAGUUAAAGGAACCCGAGGUGAUGACGGAACGUUUACAAGUGAUGAAGAUGCAAAGAAUGAAUUUGUCCGUAUUGCAUCUCAUCUUCCAACUGGUAAAGUUAACAUAUUCCAAGAAGUGUCAGAUCAAUUACAUUUCGAAUUGAUUCACGAUAAUAGACCCCUUAAUAAUGAUUUUAAGAUGUAUUGUCCACACUUCCCCAAACCACAAAGGGAAUCGUGGUUUGUUAUUUUGUGUGAUGAAUCAAUGGAUGAAUUACUCUUGAUCAAAAGGGCAUCACCAAAAUUGAUUGGCAAGAAGGGAAAAGUAAGCUGUAUUCUCGACAUCCCAGAAGACCUUAAGGGACGCGUUGUUACUGUUUUAUGUGUCAAUGAUGCAAUUAACAUUCAAUACUCGGCUAAACAAGAACUUAUAUAA